AUGAAUAACUUUGCUAUUCACCUUGUUCAAUAUAUCGGAUUUUCUUUAGCACAGUUCACGAAUUUGCUUCUUUUAUAUAUAAUUGCCAAUAAAGCAAAAAAGUUAUUAGGGGGAUAUCGUUACGUCAUGAUAGUUUUUGUUAUUUAUUCUCUUUUCUAUUCAUGGAUUGAAAUUGCUGUGUCACCACUUAUGUAUGCUCAUAGAUCUAUGUUUAUCAUAAUGGUGGGCAGUAGUCUGAGAUAUGAGGAGUUGGCUGGGACAUUUAUCGUUUGUCUGUUUUGUGCGGCUUAUUCUUUGAUGAUUGCUCUAUUGGCAACACAGUUUUUCUAUAGAUUCAUUGCAGUUUGCAGACCACAAUGCCUUUAUAUGAUUAAUGGUUACAAACUUUGUUUAAUUUUCAUACCAGGAGUGGUUAUAUUCUUUUUAUGGUAUUUCAACGUUUUUUUCGGAAUGAGAAGUACUUUUGAAAAAGCUGAAUAUAUGAGAAACGUUGUUUUGGAUAUUUACGAAGAAGAUACAUUCCAAAUUGUAUUCGUUGCAUUGCAGUAUUGGGAAGAUGAUCUCAAUGGGAAAUCACAUUUUCGAAUGAUUGAUUUUGUGUGCUAUUUGGGAUUUCUUUUAAUGAUUGCCUCUUGUUUUCUCACUAUUGUAUUUUGCGCCAUGAAAAUAUACUUUAAAUUAAAAGAAGAUUUAAAUUCGAUGAGUGUAAGAACAAAAGAGCUAAAUCGACAGUUAAUGAUGACUUUGAUGUUCCAAACAAUUUUUCCAUUCUUCACAAUGUACAGCACAGUUGGAACAAUCCUAACAGUUCCAAUAUUUGAAAUAGAAGUGGGAAAGCUAGCAAAUAUUCCUGGAAUGUUUGCUAGUAUUUAUCCUGCAAUUGAACCUAUUUUUGCAAUUUUAUGUGUAAAAGAAUUCAGAAAUUGUGUGUUAUGUAAGAAACAUUUUGUAUCAAAUGUUAUUCCGUUGCAACACUCUCCUAUCCCUCGCAACUCUUUGAUGACGGCACAUGCUUCUUUGCAAAAUUCGUCGAAUCUCUAAUUCUUUUUUUUUCAAUUUGUUUGUGGUAAUGGGUAACAACGCUCCAACUUUAAGCAACAAUCGUAGCGAACACGAAGAAUAAAUCGUCGCCACCAAAA